GACGGCUUGACCUUCAGAAGCCCAAUAACCUUGGUCAAUGGACGAUGUCACUGGGUCGUUGCCUUGAGUCGGUUAAUGGAUCUAUACAACUAGCCCUGGAGUUUUUUCUGUUAUCUUUACUGAUCAACUCUUGGAACAGUUAACUUUUGGCUGCCAAACUUUAUUUUUGAGAAAAACAUUAACCUAAAUAUUUGAUCCAUAAAACUUCUCAAUGUCCAUCAAGGAAGGUUAUCUGAAAAAGUGGUCCGAUCGUAAAAAUUGGCACAAUGUAUACUGUAAGCUGUUAAAUAAUGGUUGGUUUCAAUGGUUUGAUGAUGCAUCUUCCACCUCACCCAAACGGAGUGUUGAAAUUAGACGUGUAGCAUCGUUUCUAGCGUUUGGAGAACCUUUUCACCGUGUUCCAUGCAACCCGACCUCAUUAACAGCUUCAGAAAUUCCUUUGGCUUUUGGUGUUCUCUAUGGACCUCAUAUGGGGACUCAAAUGGCUUGGUUUGCCUGUCCGGAUCAAGCAACAUUGAGCUCAUGGACAAAUGCGUUAACUUCAUUGUUUCAGCAAACUUCAACUCUUCCAUCUGCCCCUCCACCAUAUCAACCUUCACCGGCACCAGCUCUACCUACAGGAUCAAUCGGUUUUGGAAUGCCUGAUCCAUCUGCUUAUGGUGGAAAUCCUGGCGGUUAUGGGCCUCCUCCCCCGAUUAGUCAACCUAAUUAUGGAUACCCAACUAAUAAUUAUGUCCCACCAACAGUACCACCAGCACCAGGUGCUUAUGUGCCUGGGACAAGUUCUUAUAGUGGUAAUCAACCACGUCCACAAGAUCCACAAAGUCAAUAUUUUGUCGGGCAAAAUGGUCAACCAUAUCAAGUGGUCUAUAUAGAUGGUAAACCGAAAAAGAAGAAAUGUAAAGGAUUAAAAAAUGCAGCAGUUGGUCUCGCUUCAGGAGUAGCUGGUGGUUAUUUGGCAAGUCGUCUAUUUGGUGGUUGGGGUGGUGGAUUUAUGGGUCCAAGAUGUGGCAGUUGGAGUUCAUUAUCUAGUCUCAGUUGGUCUGAUUAAAUUUAUCUCUAUAUUACUGCGCCUCUCACCUUCUAUAUAUAUUUGAUGAUGAUGAAGUUUUAUCGCUCUUUACCUGUAAUAUCGACAACCAUGAAUUCAAUUCAUUCAUGCAUAAUUCUAUUGGAACAUAGAUGUGAUGAAAACCUACUUUCAUUAUGUAUGUAUAUUUAAAAAGGAUACAAAAUUUCUUGUAUACUUGUUUAUUUUAUUUAUAUGAUCAUUCAUCCACUCACUUUAAUCGUCAUAACCUUUCCCCACCCCACCAUCACCACCACCUCCCCAUAUAGCAUCAUUUUAUUCUCACUUGCAUGUAUUGGGCGAUUGAUUUCUAUGUUUAAUUGAAAGAUUAUACUUUUAAUAGAUCCUGUUAGUAACUAGAUUAUUAUUAUUAUUAUCACUAUGAAUAAUGGUAUAUUCAUUCAAGAUUUCAUUUCAUCUUAGUAAGUUACAUCAUUUAUGUUUGUAUAUUUUAUUAAAAUACUUUUGUUUGUUUUUGUUUCUUAUUUGUCAUUCAAUUUAAUGUUGUUUCCAAGUUGUUUAUGUUUGUUUGUUUAUUUUGAUUUUCUUUAUUCAUUGAUACAAUGUUAAUGUGUUAUACGUUAAAUAUAAUUAAAAAAAUGAAUAAAUUGUAAUGUCAUUUUA